AUGGAAAAAAGGAAAACUGGCAAAACUACAUGGGAUGCUGUAGCUCAUAGAGUUUUCCUUGAUGUCUGCAUCGAAGAAGUGGAAGCUAAUAACCGUCCAACUCGAUGUUUGAAUGCUGUUGGAUAUGCCAAUUUGAUAUCCAAGUUCAACGAGCGUACGAAGCGAAACUAUGACCGCAAACAAAUGAAAAAUAGGUGGGAGACACUAAAAAAGGACUACAAUACAUGGAAAACAUUGACCCAACGUGCAUCUGGUACAGGAAGAGAUCCCAACACCCAUACCAUUGCGGCCAGCGACGAGUGGUGGGAGAAAGAGACACAUAGAGUUCCUAAAGCAAGCAAGUUUAGAAAUGCUCCACUUCAAGAUGAGGAGAAGAUGUCCAUUAUCUUUGAUAAGCAUUGUGUGACAAAUGAGCAUGCUCAGGUGCCUGUUCCAUCAGCUCAUGUUGGACCAUCUGAAGAUGCACACAUUGUGAUUGACGGUGAUGAGAAUGAUUCGGGUUGUGAGGGGGAUGAUCUUGUCACUGCAGUUCGUGGUGGGAAGGGAAAGGGGAAGGGUAAGCCUAAGAGAGCAUGUCCAUAUUCACCUAGUCCAGCAACAAAGGCAGCAAAGGUGGCAAAGGAAGAAAGCCCAACUGAUGCUCAGCGUCUCUUGAGCAUUAUGGAAUCAAGGUCAAGGACCAAGCACUCCGCAACAUCUCAGGUGUCAAUUAAUCCUGCAAGACAGGAACAUAGGGAUAUGGUGGCGCAAGUGGUUCGAGAUGGAGGUAUAGCAGGGAGUGACGAGCACUUCUAUGCCACCCAACUAUUCAUGCAACAAGAAUAUCGUGAUGCAUUCUCAACUUUUGAUACUGAAACUCCUGACAAGAGGCUUGAAUGGCUAAGGAGGACGUGGGCACAUCACAAUAAGAAGUAG